GGCUGAAACGAAUAAAAAUGAAAGCGGCGGUUUGUUUGUAAACAAAAAUAUCUCUACAUUCAUGUAUUAUGACUAGAUCUAGAUCUAGAUCUAGAUCUAUGUGUUGUUAACUUAUGACUUAUAAACUAAAUCCCGACAACAACCAGGAGCAGUGAAAGGGGCAAAAUAUCCAGACAAACCAAAUAUUGAUCCUCUGAGUUCGUUUCUGCGUGAAUAGUAGAGGAUAUCUGGGGACAAGACUACUGAGAACACCACAGACUGAGCUGAACGGAGGCCGAACGAACUCGAAUCGUGGUGGUGGAGGAGUGUGUAAAUUUGUUUGCCGAACGAACGUUGGCUACGUUUUAUUUUCAUGGUUCGUGAGAUGAAGAGAAGUGCUGCUUUCAAGAGCACGACCAGUGUGAAACAGUUCAAGUCCCCUCUUGCAAAGCAAUUUAAGUCGCCUUUGACUAAAGCUUGCUCACAGAGAGAGGCCCCAUCCUCAGCGUCGGAAGCGAAGCAACAAAUUGAACAUCUCAAGAAAAAGUUGCAAGAGACUAAAGAAGAUAUCACGGAGUUGGAGUCCAGAGGGUUAAGAGAAAGUGAGCUCCAGACGCACAUUGAAAAGCUGCACGAGUAUAACGAGAUCAAGGAUAUAGGACAGAUGCUGCUUGGAAGAAUCGCUGUGCUUGAAGGCGUGCAGACAAAGGAUCUGUAUGAAAAGUAUGGACUGAAUUUAAAUGACUGAAAAUAGAUUGCACUGAAAAUAGGUUACAUGUAGUAGUUUGAUUGUCUCUAGUGUCUCAGAUGGACUUUUCUUUCUAAAACUUUUUUGUGUGUGUGUGUGUGAAAUAUUUCUCAUAAGUUACAUUUCCGUAAUUGUUAAACUGCUGUUGAUGUAAAUUAUUGUACUAUUGUGUGCUAGUGUUAACUUGCAGAAGUAACAUUUCCAUAAUUGUUAAACUGCUGUUGAUGUAAAUUAUUGUGAUAUUGUGUGCUAGUGUUGACUUGCAGAAGUAACAUUUCCAUAAUUGUUAAACUGCUGUUGAUGUAAAUUAUUGUACUAUUGUGUGCUAGUGUUAACUUGCAGAAGUAACAUUUCCAUAAUUGUUAAACUGCUGUUGAUACUUUGCGCAAGUGUCAACUCGGGGAGAAAAAAACAUUUUCACAGUUGUUUAACUGCUUUUGAUGUAAAUUAUUGUAAAACUGAAGUUGUGCGCAGGUGUUUACUCGAAGAGGUAACAUUUUCAUUAUUGUUGAACUGCUGUGGAUGUUGAAUUGUGAACACAAGUGCUCACUUGGAGUAGAAGUAACAUUUUCUUAACUGACUGUUAGUAUAAAAAUAGUGCGCAAGUGUCGAUCGACUUACUGGAAGGAAUCAUGGCAAAGUCACCUCAGAAUUUGGAUUCCGAUCUCCAGUGGCAUCUCAUUGGUGGCGUAGAAGAAUUAAAACAGAAAGUAUGUCGGAAA